GCGUGAAGAAGGUCUGCCUCAGGCGUGGAAGGGCUAUAACUCCGAAAUUGACCGAGGUCGGACGUGGGAAAAAAACAGGAAUACUGCUUACUGAGAUGGCUGAUCAAGGUGCAGCGAGUCGACAACCAGUGCAUUCUAUUCUUGCCUUCAUUCUUUCAUCGAUCUGUUCGGGAUUAGCGGAAUCAUAUAUUUAGCGCGCUCUAUCUUUGGCUUGUCUAGUGGUUCGGUUGUUGGUGAGCCACGGUUUGUGAUUCUAUAUCGUACUACUGGCGCAUUCAGUCAGAGCAUAUACUACUAGAAUACUCGCUAUGAACAUGAACAGCUCAAGGGUGGCCGAAUGUGGGCGGCUUGGGCUUCGGCGAUCACCACCGUCUCGUCGCCGCCGUCGUCAUGGGCAGAUGGGGUCUGGCGUGGCGCGCGUUCUGCUGGGGCCUCUGCCGGAUAUUGUCCCAUUUAGCAAUCCUGUGCGGUAUGGUGCGUGGGACGUUGCAAGGACAGCAUUCCUCAUGCCUCUGGUCUGUGUGAGAGUUUCACUCUUCUUCGUUACCUUUGUCGUCGGCUAUAUCUUAUUUCUCCCGGUGCAGCUGGGUUCCAGGCUGGGGCACAUGGGACUGGUGACCGUUGAUCUGGAUGAGCCGAUUAAUGGCGAGGAGGCAUCUGCCGCAGACUUGAACGCCACCGCGGCUACAACGACAGCGGCGAUGAUAGGAGGUCAACCCCACAUGGCAGCCGGCACUGGGCAACCGAACAGCACGUCACAUACUAGCUGCUGUCCGGAGUCGGAACCUUUCAAUGAUCAUUGUUGUUGUCACAGACUGGGACGGGGAGAGGAGGUGGCUCUACCUGGGGCGGCGAACGGUAUGCAGGCUGAUCAGUCCGCAUCUGCUGCCAGUUCGCCGUCAUCGGAGCCGUCUUCGAUGAAGUCGUCUUCGCCCAGUUGGAGGGUUGUCAAGCGCAGAGAGUGGGUGCACAAUCAGCACCCCCCAUCUUGUCUCGGAAAACUGCUGAUUCUGCCUGUGAGGGUGUGUGUGCGCCUGCUCCUCUUUCUCUCCCUUGGAUUCCACCGCCUGGAGGUUCGUGGGCAGGUGGCGAAGCGCUGCGUCGCGCCCAUCCUGGUGUCCAACCACGUGUCGUUCCUGGAUCCCCUUUUCACAUUCUAUCUUCUCAAUCCAAUCAUGGUGAGUGCAAGGGAGAACAUGGCGAUGGCGGUCGUUGGUCGUUGUCUGCGGUCAUUGAUGAUUGUACCGGUGGACAGGUCGUCACCCUCGUCGAAGAAGCUUGCCGCUAUAGCCAUAGAUCGCCUGGCCAAAAUCACAGAUGGCGUGUCGGACACCGAAGCUGAGGAUUGGCCCAGGCUGCUGUUGUAUCCAGAGGGCACAACUGGCAAUGGCACAGCUCUACUAGCAUUCAAGGUUGGUGCAUUCACACCUGCAGUUCCUGUUCAGCCCAUAACCAUUCGGUAUGCUACACGUGGCGGUGUCAAUCCCACGUGGGUGAUCGAUGGCCCUGGCAUCCUCGCGGUGAUGCUCAGAUUGAUGGCCCAGCUGUGGAAUUCUGUGGAGAUCACCUUCUUGCCUGCAGUCUUCCCCUCUGCCACCGACAAGCAGGACCCUUCGGCCUUUGCCCAGCGGGUGCGCAGGUUGAUGGCCGAUGCCUUGGGAGUUCCAUGCACCGACUACACCUUCGAGGACGUGCAGCUCGCGCAUGCCGCAGCGGGCCUGGGGUACCCUAAGCGCAUGGCGAUGGUGGAGUUCGGGAAGAUGGAACGAGCUUUCGGAAUUGGAGUGGGUACAGCCUUAGAGCAUCUCCGUAGUUUUGUAGCUAUGGUAGACAUUAAGCCGACAGGUGACGGGAAGCUGUCUUAUCGAGGGUUACUGCGCGGCUGGAUGGUGCAAGAUUGCCAGAUAAUGCGUCGAGUUUUCAUGUUCUUUCUUGGUCGAAUAUCCGGCGCCCAGCGCGAGCUAAAUGCAACUGAUCAGCAACAACACAAGUGGCAGGAGCAAACAGAGGUGGAUGAGGAGGAGGAGGAGGAGGAGGAGGAGGAGGAAGAAGGAGAACGGGGAUUGGAGGAGGUUGCACAAGGGAAGAUCGAUUUUCGUGACUAUCUAGCGGGCUUGUGCUAUAUCUCUCAAAGGGGCAACGGAUUGCGAAACGAGAUGAUGAAAGCCAUGAUGAAAGCCCUUGAAGAAGAGUGUGCCACUGGUGGUCGAGGCGGCGAGCAGCACGAUGGUCGGAUUUCCGUGGGACAGCUCAGACGGAUCUCAGAGGACGUCUGUCCUGCACUGAAAGAGGAGCAGAGGCUGACGGAAUCCGUCGUUCAUCAAUUGGCUGUCGAACUUUUUGGCCAAACUGCAUUCUCUCGCUCAUCGUCGGAGUUAGAGUCUCUGAGAUUCACACCAACGGAAAUCGACACUGUUCUGCAGCAGAACGCCAAGUACAUUGUCAUUCUUGCUGCGGCCAGGAACGAACUCUGCGUCAUCGACGGGCUGGUUCUACCCCCGUCUUGUUAGUGCUACACAACAACUCGGCAUGUCCGUCUGUCUUUGGCACAACAACGAUGAUUUUUUGUUGUUGUUUUCUUAAUGAUUCUCUUCUUCUUUUUCUCGAGCCGACUGCCGGGCGAGCGAAGGAAAAUGAGUUCAUGAACGGGCACAAAAGACUAGUCCCGGCGGGUCUCGCAUUCGCCGAGUUCGAAAAAGCCAAAAAAGCCGCGCGUCACUUCGUAAUGAGUGUGUAUGUCAUAACUGCAGGGGCAGGCCCGCCGGGCCGUGGUCCACGGAGUGAACGAGUUCAUUCAAAAACGGCAAAACAAAAAGUUACCGCUAUU